AUGUCCAUGACCGGCGCCCCGCGCGCCGUGACGGCGGAACCGCCCUCCGCGGUUCCCGACGACGUGCAGGAAAGACGGGCCGUCAUCAAGGUCAUUGGCGUCGGCGGCGGCGGUGGCAACGCUGUCAACCGGAUGAUCGAGGCCGGGGUGACCGGAGUGGAGUUCAUUGUCGCGAACACCGACGCUCAGGUUCUCGAACUGUCAAAGGCCCCGGUGAAGAUUCAAUUGGGAAGCGAGCGCACCGGCGGGCUCGGCUGCGGCGGCGAUCCGGAGGUUGGGAGGUCGGCGGCGCGCGACGACAUCAACCGGCUCAUCGGCGUGCUGGCGGGCGCCGACAUGGUCUUCAUCACCGUGGGUGAGGGAGGUGGCACCGGCACCGGCGCGGCGCCGGUGGUCGCGUGCGUGGUUCAGGAGAUCAAGGCGCUGUGCGUCGCGGUGGCGACCAAGCCGAUGACCGUCGAGGGCAAGCGCCGGAGGGCGACCGCCAACGACGGAAUCCGGGAGCUUCGCGAGUUUGUGGACACCCUCAUCUGCGUCCCGAACGACCGGGUCGUGGAGGUGUACGGGAACCUCAAGAUCCGGGAGGCGUUCCGGUGUGCCGACGACGUGGUGCGCCAGGCCGUUCAGGGAAUUUCCGACCUGAUCCAGGUGCCGGGAGAGAUCAACCUGGACUUUGCCGACGUUCGUUCCGCCAUGCGGCUCCGCGGCGACGCGGUGAUGGGCAUUGGACGGGCCUCGGGCGACAAUCGCGUCGAGGAAGCGACCGAAGCGGCGAUUUCCUCGCCGUUGCUCGAGGACACCUCGAUCCAGGGAGCGGCGAGCAUCAUCGUCAACAUCACGGGCGGUGAGAGCCUCACCCUGAACGAGGUCCAGCGCGCCGUUGAGGUCGUCCGCGACGCGGUGGCUCCCGAAGCGACGGGAAUCUACGGAUCCGCGGACGCGGAACCGGGAGACAACAUCCUGAUCGGGACCGCACUCGACCCGGCGAUGGACGAGACGGGCGAGAUCAAGGUUACGGUGGUUGCCACCGGCUUCCCCGACCGAAGCCGAGCGGGAGCGACCCCUCACGACUUCGCCCGUUUCACGAACCGCGCGAACGGUACGUUUGGAGCCCGGGGAGCGACCCCCGCGUCCGGCCGGGCCGGGCCGGUGGCCCAGAAAGAUGCGGCCUCUACCGUGAGAGUCGGCCGGACCAUUCCGAAACUCGGGACCCUUCCCACCGUCGCCGAUUCCGGGCCCGACCGCGUGAAAGCCGUGGGAAGCGACCCCGGGGCGGGCCGGAAAAGUGCUGCGGCCAGUGCUCCGGGCGCCGGCAGCACACACCUGAUAGUCGAUGAGCCCAUGCCCCUUCCCGAGGAUGUGGGAGACGACCGGUGGGGCGACCUCGAGACGCCUGCCUACCUCCACCGCCGCCGGUAG